AUGAAUCUUCCUCUUUAUUUGCUUUUCAUUCUCAUAUGCAGCAAUAUCUAUCUUGUUUCCUGUAUCCCAAGAAGAAACUAUGCCCAAACAAGGUGCUCAGAGCGUGACCGGAUGGCACUCUUGCAAUUCAAAAAAGGGGUUGUGGACGAUUACGCCCUUCUCAAGUCAUGGAGAAAUACCAACACUUCACAAGACUGCUGUCUAUGGAGAGGAGUAGGAUGCAGCAACGACACAGGCCAAGUCAUUAGGCUUGAUCUUCCUGCAGUUUGGUUAGAAGAAGUUGAUCAAUUACUUGGUCUCAGUGGUGAAAUCGGUUCUUCAUUGCUUUCAUUAAAUUCUUUGACAUAUUUAGAUUUGAGUGGAAACAGUUUCACUCCUACAUCAAUUGUUUUAAAGAACACAGAUUGGCUUUCCCAUCUUUCCUCUCUCAAGUACCUAAAUCUAAGUUAUAUAGACCUCAGUGACUCACUUGGUUUACUGAAUAAUGCGAUCAGAUUACCCUCCCUUGUAGACUUACGCCUUGUAAACUGUUUGCUUCCGAAUAACACUGCCAAAUCUUUCUUUCCCUCCAUGACAAACUUAUCCAAUUCUUUUGCAGUUCUUGAUAUCAAUUCUAACUAUCUUCCAGCCUCUGAGAUAUACCCUUGGUUAUUCAAGUUUAGUAGCAGCCUUACUGACAUCAAUCUUUCAGACAACGAGCUCCUUGGUAUCAUUCCUGAAGAAUUUGGUACGUUUAAAAACCUUCAAACCCUAGAUUUGACCAACAAUGGCCUCGAAGGUGGUAUCCCGGUUUCAUUUGGAAACUUGGGCAACAUACGGGAACUUUUCCUAUCUGGGAACAAUCUCAACCAAGAUCUUCCUAGUUUUUUCAGCAACCUGCCACAGAUGUCGUUACAAGUUCUUGAUUUAUAUGGGAAUCAACUAAGCGGUUCUUUGCCUGAUUUUACAACAUUCACAGCUCUCAAGGAACUGUACCUUGGACAAAAUCAGUUAAACGGAUCCUUCCCACGAGAUUUUGAAAAAAUCUCGAAUCUUUCCAUCCUUGAUUUGGCGGAUAACCGUAUCAAUGGAUUUCUCCCUAAUCUUUCUGUUUUCACUUCUUUGCGGGAAUUAUAUUUUGAGAGAAACCUAUUAAAUGGAACUCUAGCUGAAAAGUUAGAGCCUCUCUCCAAGCUCGAGUCUUUGGGUGCAUCUUCGAAUUUCUUUCAAGGAACUAUAUCUGAAACGCAUGUAGCUAAUCUUUCUCGUUUGAGAUACAUUGAUUUGUCGAAUAACUCCCUGGCUAUAGAAAUUGGUUCCGAUUGGUCAGCAACUUUUCAACUCGAAACCAUCUCGUUGUCAUCCUGCAAACUCGGGAGUUCUUUCCCGGGAUGGCUAAGAACUCAAACGAAUUUCUCCGUGCUUGAUAUAUCGAACACCGGAAUCAAUGAUUCCGUCCCCAGUUGGUUCUGGGAGUCGUUGAUUCCGGGUAUUCGAUACUUAAAUCUCUCCUCCAACCAGAUCCAAGGAUUGAUUCCGGAUUUGGAUUUUAUAUCCGGUAACCAACCUAUAAUCGAUAUGAGCUCAAAUAACUUCUCGGGUAACUUACCAUUGUUUCCUCUUGACAUCGUUACUCUAAAGCUCAAUGACAACAUGUUAUCCGGGUCGAUUUCUUCCUUGUGUAACCUGACUACUUUAAGCCUUCUUGAUCUUUCUAAUAACAAACUCUCAGGAGAGCUUCCAGAGUGCUGGAACACUCUUAAUAACCUGGCUAUUCUCAACCUUGAAGACAAUGGAUUUAUUGGGGUAGUGCCUGAAUCGAUGGGGGCCCUCGAGUUUGUUUCUAUGAUUAGUAUUCGAGGCAAUAGUUUGACAGGGGAGCUGCCACCAUCUUUAAGAAACUGCACUUCGUUGCUACUUCUUGAUCUUGGAGAAAACCAACUGUCGGGGAAGAUACCAGAAUGGUUAGGGGAAAGCUUGUCAUUGCUGCUUGUUCUUAGCUUACAGUCGAAUCAGUUUCAUGGAGCCAUUCCUACAAGCUUAUGGAUGACUAUGCGGGAUAGAGGUACCUUGCGAUCAAGUUUUGAGUACAAUGCAGUGGGGUUGGUACGAACAAGACUAGCUGUCAGAGCAAGGGUUGUGUUUAAAGUAUUACUGCAAUGGAAAGGAAGGCAAUCAGAGUAUCAAAAUACGUUGCGUCUGGUCGUUAGCGUUGAUCUUUCUUCCAAUAGACUAACAGGCGAAAUCCCAGGAAGUAGAAUGUGA